UAAAGAUGUCGCGAUUAUAUAUCGUCAUUAAAUUUUUUUGCGAGAAUACUGGGAUAUUUUGAAAAUCUCGGCGAUAUGUCCCAGCAUGAUGGAUGAGAGUGAGUGGCAUGCUGUGCGGUGGUGGCAGAGAAACGUCUCAACGCAGAAGGAACACCAACCGCCAGAGAUAGAAGUUGAAAAAGGGGUUUUGAUUUUCUGAGAGAGAAAGAGAGCUAUCCACUACUCCCAACUCUUUCCGUCCCGGCAUCAGCAUCAGCAGCAUUCGGUUGGUUUUGGAAUGAGGCUUCAACUCCAACUGCAGCAGCCAAUUCAAGGAUGGGGUUGGUGUUGUUUUCAGUCCCCCUCUCCUCGACUUCAACUCUUUGUAAGAAAAGGAAUGCUUGGGCCUCUUUCUCAAUCCCAAUGGAGAAGGAACAACUCCCUGCGUCCUCAUGCAAGUGCAGCCAUUCCCUCCAGAACUCAAAGGAUAAUGGAAAAUAUUUCUAUAAAUGCCGAAGCAGGCGGCGCAGGUGGGGCUUACUCAUAUAAUGCUUUGAAGAGGUUGGACCAAAUAUGGUGUAAUCUUUGCUCUGCUCAACCAAGUAAACAGGAAACACAAGUGGUUUCAAGUUUUCCUGGUUCAUUCAGCCAAUUUAAUCUGGAUCAAGUGGCCGAUACAUUUGAUGUAUUAGUCUGUGGUGGAACUUUGGGCAUUUUUGUUGCCACAGCACUGUGUUGCAAAGGCCUUCGAGUUGCCAUUGUUGAAAGGAAUCUGCUAAAAGGGAGAGAACAAGAGUGGAAUAUCUCAAUGAAAGAACUCCUAGAACUCGUCCAUGUUGGUAUUCUAGCAGAAGAUGACAUUAAGCAGGCUAUAGCGGUGGAGUUUAAUCCUAAUAGAUGUGGGUUCGAGCGGAAAGGCGAUAUCUUGGUUGAAGAUAUUCUUAAUCUAGGUGUUUCGCCAGCUAAACUUAUCGAGGUCACGAAGAGUCGCUUUCUUUCUCUUGGUGGAAUUAUCUUUGAGGGUCAGAGCUUUUCUAGCAUAUCCAUAUAUGAUGACGCAGCGGUUUUGCAAUUAAGUGAUGGAAAGUGCUUGGCUUCACGGCUGGUCAUUGAUGCAAUGGGCAAUUUCUCCCCUGUGGUGAAACAGAUAAGAUCUGGAAGAAAACCGGAUGGUGUUUGCCUUGUCGUUGGUUCUUGUUCUCGUGGUUUCAAGGAGAACGUAAGAAGUGAUGUCAUUUUUAGUAAUUCAUCUGUGAAGAAAGUUGGAGGUUCAGAAGUGCAAUGCUUUUGGGAGGCAUUUCCUGCUGGUUCUGGUCCAACAGAUCGAACUACUUACAUGUUCACAUAUGUUGAUGUGCGACCAGGAUGCCCAACUUUGGAAGAAUUAUUAGAAGUCUAUUGGAAUUUGAUGCCCGCUUAUCAGGGUGUCUUGUUUGAUGAUCUGGAAAUACUGAGAGUUAUCUUUGGCAUAUUUCCUACAUAUCGUGAUAGUCCACUGCCAGCAGCUUUUAAUCGUAUUCUACAGGUUGGUGAUGCCAGUGGGAUACAAUCACCAGUUUCAUUUGGUGGUUUUGGGAGCAUGACUCGGCACAUUAGCAGAUUGUCAACUGGAAUACAUGAAGCAGUUGCUGGAAAUUUCCUUGACUCAUAUAGUUUGUCCCUGCUUAACCCUUACAUGCCAAACUUAAGUGCAUCUUGGCUGUUUCAAAGAGCAAUGUCAGCAAGACCACAAGCUAAUGUUUCAUCAAGCUUCAUCAAUGAGCUUCUUUAUAUCAAUUUCCUAUGUAUGCAGAGGCUAGGGGAUCAGGUGCUUCGCCCAUUUCUCCAGGAUGUCAUACAAUUUGGACCUCUCGUGAAGACUUUGGGCUUAGUGAUGCUAACACGGCCUCAAAUCCUUCCAUCAAUAUUCAGACAGGUGGGAAUUGCUGUGAUUCUUGAUUGGUCUGUACAUUUUAUCAUGCUGGGUCAUUACACAUUUCUCUCAACCUUUGUCGAACCCAUCAUAAGGCCUUGGAUAACCAUCCUUCCAAACAAGAUGAAAUAUGAGUGGCGACGGCAUGUUGAGGCUUGGAAGUAUGGGGCUGGUUUGGACUAUAAGUAAUGCGCACACGUCAAAAUCAAGUUUUGCCAAAAAUCAGCAAAGGUGGUACUAUUUCUAUCCGGCACUAGCAAAUCAAUGCCAUGCUUCUGGAUCAGCUGCCAAAACUCAGUUAAAAACGCUGGAUAUGAUCCCACUCAAAGUCUGGAAUAUUAGGAAAUUGUCAAUGGAGUGGGCAAUGAAAUGAUUAUAAGGUAUAAAAAAUUUGCAUGUGUGCCCACUGAGGCUCUUUCUCAUUCAUGAGAGAGCUAUAUGAUUACAUCACAUACAUUUGACUGCAAUGAUUACAUUCUACCAUUGUUUGUUUUUCAGAGGGAUUGCUAUAAAAGUGAUGAUUUCAUUAUGUAAAAAUGUAAUGAUUACAAUUUCCUUUACCUUGCAAAUAAAAUAAUGCAUUUGCAAAUAA